UAUGUUCCCGGGGUACAGUAUACGUGGGACCAAACAAUAUCGAUCCGAAGUAUCUGAUAGACUGAUGGGAAUUUCCAUGUAGUUAUUCAUAAUACUUUGCUAAGAGUUAAUAAAAAAAUGAAAGGAAAGUACGCGUUCGUUAGUUAUAUUGUACUCGUGAGUUUAUUCAAGUGUACAAAGUGUCACAGUGUCGAGAAAUAUUCGUUGCUUAUGCCAAAUGUUAGACCAAACAGAGAAGAACUGUACUUAUGUACAUCUGUUAAAGUAGAUCCUUCCCAAAAUUAUUAUGUCAUAGGUUUUGAACCAAAUGCAACAAUGGAUGUUGCUCAUCAUAUACUUUUAUAUGGUUGUGGCAAACCAGGCAUGUCGAAGACUGUUUGGAAUUGUGGAGAGAUGGGGCACGGUAUGGACAAGAACGAGGACACAAUGGCUCCAUGUGCAGCAGAAUCUCAAGUAUUGUAUGCUUGGGCAAGAGAUGCACCAAAAUUGAUUUUGCCGAAGGGGGUAGGCUUCAAGGUUGGUGGGGAUUCCUCGAUUAAGUACUUGGUUCUACAGGUUCAUUAUGCACAUAUCGAUAUGUUUAAAGAUGGUAGAACAGAUGAUUCCGGUGUAUUUCUUCAUUAUACAUUACGUCCGUUAAAUAAGAUAGCUAGUGUUCUCAUUAUGGGAACUUCUGGUUUGAUACCUCCAAAGAGUACAACAUACAUGGAAACAGCCUGUAUGAUAAAUGAAAACAAAACUAUCUAUCCUAUCGCGUAUAGAACGCAUACACAUUCACUUGGAAAGGUGGUUUCUGGAUAUUUGAUAAAACCAGACUUUACAUGGAUAGAAUUAGGCAGAAGGGAUCCUCUGACUCCUCAAAUGUUUUAUCCUAUACACAAUAAGGUUGCAGCUACUCAAGGCGACCAAAUAGCGGCUCGAUGUACUAUGCAAAGUACGCGCGAUAGAUGGACGAUCAUAGGUGCAACUAAGGAAGACGAAAUGUGCAAUUUUUAUCUAAUGUAUUACGUUGAAAACGACGAACCAUUAUCUAUGAAAUACUGUUUUACACCCGGACCUCCCGAUUAUUACUGGAAAAAGGCUGGACUCUUCAACUACCCUGAUAGAGAAGCAUCUAGUUUAUAAUGAAGUAGUCUUAGUUAUCUGAUUUAGAAAAUUGGUACACACGCAAGACUGUUGAUAAUGGAACAGAUUUUGACACAAGUAUUUUAUCCAAUCGGUGUUGUAAAAUGGAUCUUGUUUCCUAACGUAUCACUUCAAGUUCAUUAGACAAUUGUGACAAUCCCUAAAUUAAAAUUAUUUUUUAGUUAUCGAUCGUUUAUUUUUCCAUUGCUUGAUUUUUUAGAUUGAAGUUAUUUGCACUCGAAUAUUUAAUUAGUUAUAAAUGUCUUCUCGUCGAUAUAAUAAUAAAUAGGUAUUCCACUUAAUUUCGUCUAAUAUCAGAAACAUUAUGAUGGUUGAACGAGGUAAGAUUACUGUAAAAUUGUUGGCCUAUGAAAAGCAAGGUUUAAUAUUUUCAUUAUUUCUGUUUAUUUAUUGAUCGCCAAUACGUACUCGUGAUUAUUGCCCAUGUACAAUUCUUUACAGCUGCUAAAAUAAUUUAUUUUACGUAUAUUUUAGUAUUAUUUCCUUUAACUCAGUAUUUUAGAGAUGGUAACAAAUAAUUCGAAAAUUUGGUACUGAAGUCUGUACAAAUUUUCCAUAGUACUUGUUUUGUAAGUUUUUAUAUAUUUCCAUACAUCCAGCGACAAUGUUGUAAGGAAAUGAAGAAUCACGAUGAAAUGAUCGUGUAUAUAAGUAAUAAUGCGAAUAAUUUUAACUAAUAAUAUUUUUUUGAAUUAAAUGUGUUUAAGAUGCUAGAAAGAAAUUUCAGAUAAAGUAAUCUUCCUGGUGGUUAGAGCAUAUAUUUGAAGUUAACUAAAACAUGUUCGUGCAAUAUCGGUUACGAUACGAUAUAUUCAAAGAAACAAGAGAAUAUAAAAAAGCGCGGUAAAUCACGAGGAAGAUUACUUAAUUGCAAUAUUUUUGUUAAACUGGGCAGUGCUCUGAAACUACAUAUAAUAGCAUUUGUUUAAUACCGAUUGACUGAAAGUAAAACAUAUAUUUUCCAUGUUGUUCUAUCGUAUAACUAUAUGUACAUCUAAAUACAAUUGACCCUUUGACUGCGGAGGACCCGUGUAUACAUACCUGUAUUAUAUUCUAUUUAUUAAAUUUAUUUUUAUAAUAA